AUGAACGCUCUACCUUUUACGUCCACUGAGUGGUCUAAUGUUAUUACCGAUGUCAAAAAAGAAUUUAUCAAUCGUCGUUACCGUCCUUGUGCGACUAGGUGCAGCGAUAUCCUGAAUAAGCUCGAGGAUUCUAGUAUUGUUGAGCCAGCUUAUCUCAUUUACCUUCAUUUUUACGCCGCCAACUCGCUCGAGAUGCUCGCUCGUGCACUUGACCAAGAUGUUCCGGCACGCACUACACUCCUUUACCAGGCUCGCGACCAAUACCAACGCGCGUCGACACUCAUCAAUGCCGCAGAUUCGACUGUCGGCCCGGCUUUGUUACGAAGGCCAUCUGGAACUACGAUGACACUGCCUUGCCUUCACUCAGCCGAUAGUUCUGUGAGCUCAUAUGUUUCAUCAACAUGGACGUCGUCCCACAGCCUAUCUCCUGCAUCGUCAAUAUCAUCCAUUCAGAGUGCGCCCACUUACAAACGAAAAAAGAAGCGAGUGACAUUCAGCGAUGUGCCCAUGGAGUUACUCGAGCGCCCAGAUUCACCAACACUCGGCCUUGGUAGCUUCCUGGGACCUGCACGCUCAUCAUCACCUGAAUUCUCCGGGAAUGAAACUUCUAUACCACCAGCUCUCCGGACCUCCUCGUCGCAGACUCCCCGAUCGAUCCUCACACCACGCUCUGCACAGAACGAGGCUGCGCCUCACAUGCAAUCAGAACUCGACCCUUUCCGUCAUGCUCGCUCCGUGCAUCGCUACAGCGCCCUUCUUUCUGGUCUGCAGCGCCAGGUCUUUCGACAUCUCAAUUUCAUUGAGGCGGAGCUGGACCAGCAGCAAAGUAUUGUACGAGAGGAAGAGAAGCCGCUAUCACCACCCAGAAGGGUUGUGGUCCCGGCUGCAUCUGCCACACCAAACGCCGACAAGGCUCGCUCACCAGAGCUACAGGCACGAAUUGAGCGGUUGAGGGCAAAGGGUUGGGAACGUAAACGAUUCGACGUGCGACGAUAUGCUGAGUUGCGGGAAAGCGCUUCAGCAGACAUGGAAUAA